GAGCCUUACUCAUGGAUUGCCUAUUCUGUAGGUUUCUAAGAAGAAGAGGAUGCUUGGGAAACUGCUGGAUUCAGCUACACAGAUGAGAGAGUUACAAGAGAAGGAGUUUGAACAGCGUGCUCUUGAUAAACUGGUUGCAAUGGCAUACGAAAAAUAUAUGAGUUGUUGGGGUCCAAAUGCUCAUGGGAUGAAGAGUGCUAGCGGGAAAAUGGCCAAGCAAGCUGCCUUAGCUUUUGUCAAGCGGACUUUGGAUCGAUGCCAAGAAUUUGAGCAGACAAGAAAGAGCUGCUUCAGUGAGCCUUUGUAUAAGGAUAUGUUUCUUUCUGGGAUAUCCCGCCUUAGUGACGGACAAACAGAUUCGAACACUGAUGGCGAAGCUGGAAAAUCUUAUAUCAGCACAUCUGGCUGUUCAGGAGAAGCUAGAGUUUCAGCUUUGGGCGCACAGCAGAGCCCAUCGCUAAACCAGGAUAUAUCUUUUGAAGCCAAUUUACCUUCUGAAGCCAGUAGGGUCAAGCGGAGGGAGUUGGAAGAUGUUCUUGGUACUACAAUUGGUGCUUCUUCAGGCAUAGGUAGUUCACUUUUAAGCAGUGCAAAAGGGAAGAGAAGUGAGAGAGACCGAGAAGGAAAAGGAAAUGGCCGAGAGGCAUUAUCCCGCAAUGGAACUACCAAAAUUGGUCGACCUGCCUCUUCCAAUGUUAAAGGAGAAAGAAAGCCUAAGACAAAACCUAAGCAGAAAACUACUCAGUUAUCCACCUCUGUCAAUGGCUUUUUUGGCAAGAUAUCGGAGCAACCUAAAUUGCUAGGAUCUUCAAUAGCAAGAUCAAGUGGUAUAAGUGCCACUGGCAAUGAUAAGACUGACAGUAACUUGGAUGAACUAGAGGAUCCCAUUGACUUAUCCGGCCUGCAACUCCCAGAAAUGGAUGUUUUAGGUGUCCCUGACGAUCUUGGUGGUCAGGGACAGGACAUAGGCUCAUGGUUGAACAUCGAUGAUGAUGGAUUACAAGAUGACGACUUCAUGGGCCUUGAGAUUCCCAUGGAUGAUCUGUCAGACUUGAAUAUGAUGGUUUGAAGCUUCUUUCGCUGUAUAUUCCUGUUCAUUACCAUUCACUGGAGAAACCUUGUUGUCCAGAUACGACCACCAGUUACAUGUGGGUUGUGUGACUGUGCAGUCCUUAAGUAGGGCUGCAUAUUCUUUGGGAUACCUGUGUACCGCUACAUUUUUGAGUGAACCCUUAGAGGAAGGAAGGGUUUUGUACCUAUAAGUUGAUGACUUUGACUGUAAAAAUCUUUUUGUACAAUGGUCAAGCCAGUACCGUAGUCAUAGUAUGUAGAAACACUGUAUUUGGUUUAGCAAUACAGGUCAGGGAACAGCGUCUUUUGUACAUAGAUUUUGAUUUUUAAAUAAGAUCACUUUUUACAAGUCA